AUGGCGAACGAAAUACCGCACUCUGCGUACGAUGAGGCAGAUAAUCCAUCGGAUCGUGAACUGGACUUGCUCUGGGAAACUAUCACGGAAAUACUGAGCAACGCCCGGGAAUUGAGCCUAUUUCAACAGGAUGAGAAUGCGUGGAAUUUCCAGCUGACAGAAGAGAAACACCUAAGGCAAUCCCAGACGAUCAACCCUGAGCUACUCCCGAUAAUGCCGAAUAACCAUCGCGUCCAGAAGAAGUGCGAUUAUGCGUUUUCCUUUCAUAUACAUACUCAACAGGUCUUGGAUAUAUAUGAUGCCCUCGUUCGUGCAGGCGCGGGCGGUGCCCUGAGCCAAACGAUGGACUCAUCUAUGAAGCGGCGGCUACUUCUUCCCGGGCUUGAAGUCAAAAAUGAGAAUGGUGGGAAGGAUGAAGCACUUGCCCAACUUGCUACUUGGAUUGCGACCGGGAUGGAAAACACUAGGAAACUUUGGGGUCAAUCCUCCGAACAGGAACGUCCGUAUUGCGACCUACCUCCAAUGGUUGGGUGGACUGUUGUUGGCCAUGACUGGCAUACCUGGGUGACAUUUGGUGCCACUAAGAAUGGCAUGGACAGGCUUGUUCGUAACUCUCUUCCCACGUUGUCUAAGCUUAGCUGA